AUGGCGUACAAUAUGGUCCAGGACGAUGAACUUAGGGCGAACGCAAUUGCUUUGGUUCAGCGAGCAUGGAUGAGCUGCGACGAAAGUUACGGUGCUGGCUGCAUGAGCUGCGCUAUCUAUGACACAGCAUGGAUUUCCAUGAUAGUCAAAGAAGUUUCUGGCGAGAAGCUGUGGUUGUUUCCUCAGUCAUUCGACUAUUUGCUCUGUACGCAGUCUGAUGAUGGCAGCUGGGGGGUGGCUACAGCAGCACCACAGAUCGACGGCAUCUUAAAUACGGCGGCCUCACUCCUCUCCCUGCAGAGACACCGCCUGGAGCCGUUCAACACGACAACCCAUUUACUCAUAGGAGUAGAUGAGCGCAUUCGUAAAGCAAAGUUGUCGCUAGCUUCUCAACUCAAUAACUGGGAUGUUGCUGCAACGACACACGUUGGCUUUGAGAUGAUCGUGCCGCAGCUGCUAGAAUUGCUGAGGAUGGAAGAUCCUGGCAUGGUUUUCGACUUUGCAGGGCAAAAAACUCUUAGGCAAAUCCACGACGCUAAGAUGUCACGCUUCGUACCCGAUUCUUUAUACGGUCGCAAGCCUUCGACAGCACUUCAUUCACUCGAAGCAUUCGGAAAGAAACUGGACUUCGAUAAGAUAGCCCACCAUAAAACUGGCGGCUCCAUGAUGGGGUCUCCAUCUUCCACAGCAGCAUAUCUCAUAUAUGCCACGAAUUGGGACCAUGAAGCAGAAUCCUACCUGCAUCAUGUUGUCCAGGCCAGCAUGGGAAAGGGCAGUGGAGCUGUCCCGAGUGCAUUUCCUUCCAUGUUUUUUGAGUAUACUUGGAUCCUAUCAACUAUGCUUCGCGCCGGGUUUUCUGCCGCAGAGAUUCGCUGCCCCGAGUUAGAUGCGAUGACCAGGUUGCUAGAGCAGGCUUUUGAACAGGGGCAAGGUAUCAUUGGCUUUGCACCUGGUCUACCCGCCGAUGUCGAUGACACUGCCAAGUGUAUCAUUUGUCUGAGAAAAUUGGAAAAAGAGGUAUCGCCGGCUGCGAUGAUUGAUGGUUUCGAAACGAAAACACAUUUCCGCACAUAUGCUUCAGAGCGGAAUUCCAGCUUCACGGCGAAUUGUAAUGUCCUCUCGGCGCUGCUUGUGCAACCUAAUUUAUCACACUACUCGGCUCAAAUCUUGAAACUUGUCGAAUUUUUGUGCAACUAUUGGUGGGAGAGCGAUGAAUAUAUCAAGGACAAAUGGAACUUGAGCCAUUUGUAUCCAUCGCUUCUCCUGGUUCAAUCGUUUGUGGAUCUCCUCGUCCAGAUUAAGCAAGGUGACUUGAAACUGUUAAGCCAAGAUGUGCAAUAUCGGGUCCAUAUUGCUCUCGUUCAGGCGUGUCUAAGAGCUUUGAUGCACGAUUCGGAUUCAAGGUCGAUCGAAAAAAUAGCUUAUCGUGUUCUCAUCCUCUGCGAAGCCCGAAGACUCUCCUUCUUUGACCCCAUUCGGUUCAGGAUCGAUCAGUGCAUAGAAGAUCAAGUAAAUCUUCUUUAUACGAUACCAGACUCAGAGCUUGAGUUGGAUGCAAAUCGAGUGUGGAUUGAGAAGGUCAGUUUCGGUUCCCAUCUCCUAACCCAGAGCUAUAAGCUUGCUGCGAUCAAGGCAGCGUCAUGUCCAACAAGUACGGUAGCCUUUGAACCCGGUUUAUACCCAGCUCCCUACCUUGAAAGCGGCACGAAGUACAUAAAGCUGCUCAGACAGACACCAUUGUUUGCUUCUACUUCAGAGUGGAAAAUCAAAGCAUCGAUGUUAGAGGCCUCGCUGUUUCAGCCCCUGCUGCAACGUCGGCGCCUAGGUGUAUUCCCUAGAAAGAAUAUGGCGCCGGAUAAAUACUUUGACCUGAUUCCUCUGACCUGGACGAGCUGCAACAAUAGGAUUGGGGCAUUUGCGUCAACACGUUUUAUUUACGAGAUGAUGGUCAUCUCUUUCCUCGACUUCCAAGCUGACGAGUUCAUGGAAUCCGUGGCAGGGCCAUCGUUCGAGGGAGACACGUAUGCUCUCCGCCAGCUGAUCGACGAUAUCUUCGUGGUGGUAUGCAACGAAAAGCAAGCCGUUAUGCCAGGCGCUACGAAAGAGAGUUCGGCAACCCCGGUGGAUAACGAAGCAUGUGAGUCUUCCAAUGGUCUAAUCCAUAACGCUGCUAGUUCCGAUCUCGAAUACAACGACAAACAGGGUCAAGUGCGUGAAAUUCUGACACGGUUCGUGUCACAUAUCGUGCGCCAUCCUUCUGUCCAGUCGGCUAGCUCCUGGGAUCGUAAUUCGAUGCUACGGGAGCUCUGGGCUUACCUUCACGCUCACGUCUCGCAGACAGAGGAUAACAUCCGCCUAGCUCGUGCCAGAAGCUCAAACAGGAAGCCGAAAAGGGAGGCAGCCGACUUGGUGCCGCCUACGCAGUCUGUUGGUAGCGAUAGCUAUUUCCGCUGGGUUCGCACCACCUCUGGUGACCAUACUGCUUGUCCAUACUCGUUCGCCUUUGCCGGCUGUCUGUUAAGCUCGCAAUUGGGUGGCGUCGAGAAUUUCCCCACGACCCGAGCCAAGUACCUGGCGGCCGCCGGGUGCCAACACCUAGCUACCAUGUGCCGCAUGUAUAAUGACUACGGAUCCAUUGCCCGUGACGAGGCCGAAUGUAACUUAAACUCGGUGGACUUCCCCGAGUUUGCCAUGAACUCUGAGGGGAACGGCAGUGGAUUCGGUGAUGGAUUUGCGUUGGUGGCUAAAAAGAAGAGUCUAUACGAGCUUGCGCAAUAUGAGCGGAGCUGGCUUGGGGAUGCCAUGGGACAUCUUGGGGAUGAGAUGCGGGACAUUGGAAGACGUCGCCAAAUGGAGGUCUGGACCAUGUUCUGUGACGUUACAGAUCUCUACGGCCAAAUUUACGUGGUGAAAGAUAUCGCUAGUCGGAUGAGAGAUGGCAGCGUAACGGGGGGAUGA